ACAGGGGCUAUUAAGAGAGCAGUGGAUUUCCUGGCCUGAGAGGAAGGCUGUUUUUUUUUGCUUCUGAAAGCUACUGAUAGGAUAGCCCUUCCAGUGUGCUGAGUAAGGAUUGUGUCUGGACGCAUUGUGGACACAGAACUACUGCUGGCAUGUGACAUCAGGAGACUGUAAUGCUAUACUACUGUGGGGACUUAGACAAUUGAGCAGGUUUCCCACUGAGAAGACAUUGUGGAAAGGGACAUUGUUCUCCGAACAAGCCAACUGAAGGCGUCAUUUCUCCUUAAACCUUUGAGGAUUCACAAAAACUAUUUUAUUUUUUUAAAUAGAAGAAACAUUCAACAACUAAUUUGGUACUCAUCUAACACAUGAUGAGUCUCACAGGAGAGCCACCACAUCAAUGCUCUGAGUGUGACAAACACUUUACUUAUAAAUCACAGCUUGUCAAACAUCAGAGGAGUCACACAGGAGAGAAACCAUUUACAUGUCCUGAAUGCAGGAAAUGUUUUUCCUGUAAGUCACGUCUCAUUGGUCAUGAGAGGAGUCACACAGGAGAGAAACCAUUUAAAUGUUCAGAAUGUAGCAAGUGUUUUACCGAUAAGCAACUACUUGUUGGUCAUCAGAGGAUUCAUACAGGAUAGAAACCAUUUACGUGUUCUGAAUGUAGCAAGUGUUAUUACCGUAAGUCACAUCUUGUUGGUCAUCAGAGGAUACAUACAGGGGAGAAACCAUUUAAUUGCUCUGAAUGUAGCAAGUGGUUUUCCCGUAAGUCGCACCUUGUUAGACAUCAGAUGAGUCACACAGGAGAGAAACCAUUUAAAUGCUCUGAAUGUGGCAAGUGUUUCAUUGAGAAGCAACAUCUGGUUAGUCACCAGAGGAUUCACACAGGAGAGAAACCAUUUAAAUGCUCUGAAUGUAGCCAAUGUUUUACUGAGAAGCAACAACUUGUUAGACAUCAAAUGAAUCAUACAGGAGAAAAACCAUUUACAUGUUCUGAAUGCAGCAAGUGUUUUACCGAGAAGCAACAUCUGGUUAGUCAUCAGAGGGUUCGCACAGGACAGAAACCAUUUCAAUGCUCUGAAUGUAGCAAGUGUUUUCUACUCAAGCCACAACUUGUUAGUCAUCAGAGGGUUCAUACAGGAGAGAAGCCAUUUAUAUGUUCUGAAUGUAGCAAGUGUUUUUCUCGUAAGUCACAUCUUGUUAGUCACCAGAAGAGUCACACAGGAGAGAAGCCAUUUAUGUGUUCUGAAUGCGGCAAGUGUUUUUCCCGUAAGCCACAUCUUGUUACUCAUCAGCUAAUUCAUUCAGGAGAGAAACCAUUUACAUGUUCUGAAUGUAGCAAGUGUUUUACUUACAAGCAGCAACUUGUUAUACAUCAGAGGAUUCACACAGGAGAGAAACUCUUUAUAUGUUCUGAAUGUAGCAAGUGUUUUUCCCGUAAGUCACAUCUUGUUAGACAUCAGAGGCUUCACACAGGAAAGAAAUAGUGCUCUGGAAAUGCAGCAAGUGUUUUAAAUAGAGAUGAGCGGAUUCAGUUUUACUC